AUGUCAUCAACCAUCACCGCAAGGAGCGGAAAAGAUGUCUCUAUCUCUGACAGUCCCACCUUCGACAAGGAUCUUCGUAUUCAUGUCAACCAGGCUGUAGGUUCUGCCUCCAUCUCGCCAGGUGGCAGAGAUGUUGUUCUGGCAUCCCAGCAAGGUCUCCACAUCAUAGACUUGGACUCGCCGUUCUCUCCUCCGCGUCAUCUCCGCCAUCAAACUCCAUGGACUCCCGCUGAUGUGCAAUGGUCUCCUUUCGCUUCACGAUAUUAUUGGGUCGUCAGUACUUCGAAUCAGAGAGCUCUGGUCUGGAACCUAGAACUCGCCAGCCUUCAGGCUCCAAUAGAGCACACUCUACAUGCUCAUUCGAGAGCUAUCACUGACAUCAAUUUCUCUCCUUUACAACCUGAUCUGCUUGCUACCUGUGCAGUCGAUGCUUUUGUACAUUGUUGGGAUUUACGUGCAUCGGCAAGACCUGUCAUCAGCUUUUCCGACUGGUUCGCUGGUGCAACUCAAGUCAAGUGGAAUCGCCGAAAUCCACACAUUGUCGCGUCAUCACAUGACAAAUAUCUACACAUCUGGGAUGAUCGCAAAGGCGCACUACCUCUUCAGACCAUCGAAGCUCAUGAGACAAAGAUCUAUGGUAUUGACUGGAGCCGUACUGAAGAGACUAAAGUCGUCACUUGCUCCCUUGAUCGAACCAUAAAGGUCUGGGAUUACGAGGUUUCUGAAGUAGAGCCCGAACGUGUCAUCAACACGCCGUUUCCAGUAUGGCGAGCCAGAUGGACUCCUUUCGGCAACGGAGUUUUGGCCAUGCCGCAGAGAGGAGACCAUGAUUUGCACAUGUAUGACUGUAGACCAUCGAACGUGACCAACACACCAGCUCUCACAGAGCCCAACUACCGGUUUACUGGACAUGAAGAGCAAGUUAAAGAGUUUCUGUGGCGAGGACGUGGCAACAUUGACGAGUACACGGAUGGCCGUGAUUUCCAGCUGGUCUCUUGGGGAGCUGAUCAUGAACUGAUUCUGCACCGUAUGGGAGACAAGCAGCUUCAGUCGAUCGGGUUUCAUAAAGGGAUGCUCAUGGACAACCCUCCAAAGCUCACUCGAAUUGGCGCUCCUUACAAAUCCUUCAGGGAUCGACCUACACAUCCUAACACAAUGGCUGAUGGUAUUACACCCGGCUCUGAUUUACUCAAUCUUGGGACCAGUCCUGGAAUGAACAAAGUGCCCAUACCCAUUGCAGGUGGUUGGUCUGACGGUGGCCAGGUGAUGACCUACUCGGGUAUAGAAACUCGAAAUGCCAGACCACAAGACAACGGUCUCAUCUCGUGGAUGAAAGGUGUCAAGUUUGGAAAACGCAAGCCGAGCUCACCAGACAGGCUGACGACACGAAGACUGUCGAUAGUCGCCGGUCUACAUCCAGAUUCUCAUGGUAUACGUGAGAACUUGAGUGACGAAAUCAUUCAUGUUGGCGAAAAGUUUACCCGUGUUACCGUUGACGAAGCAGAUGUGUCGAACAGGCAUGUCAAGAUUUCUCUCAAUGGACCAUGGGCUGCUGAGGGCAAGUUAGCUUUCAUGCAACUUUGCAUGGAUUUUCCUGUCGAUUAUCCUGAAAAGUCAGUUCCUUGGUUCCAUCUUGACAAAGCGUCUGCCUUGUCGGAAGAAAAAGUCGCAGAGCUCGAGGGCAACCUACGCAAAAUCGCUACUGGCUAUCUCAUACAUCGCAGAGGGUGCAUCGAAGGAUUUCUGUCCUAUCUGACUGGCGAGAGAGAUCUACAGGAAAGCAUCAGUUGGCUGGGUCUCGGCAGUCACGAUGCGGUUGCACCUGGCGAGGAAGCUGAGAGUUCCAGUGAUGAAGAAGACGGCCUCUUAGGCGACUUUGGUGGUAGUGGUGAAUCACAAACAUUAGGCUUGGAAGGAAGUGUGGGAUCAGGCAUCUUUAGCACCAACGCCAACGUGCCUCUUCCUAGGACUUGCGGAGCGCUUUGGGCCGCAAAUGGACAACUCAUUUGCUUCAUGCCACCCAAAGAGGAACCUCGCUCAAUUCUACAGAAAUUCGCAGUAGAUGAGCGAAGCCGCAAUCGUGGAAGCAGAGAGAUCUUCGAAGGGUUUGGAAGGCUACAUCCUGGCCAGACAGAGUCGAAGGGCAAGAGUAAACCUAGUGCCGAUGCAUUUGACGUUGAGGAUUCGGACAACAGCUCCGAGUUCUCAGAUUCAAGUUCGUCUUCAGGUUCUGAUGAGCCAGAACUGUUCCUCCGUCGGUUCCAGCCACCAUCGGCCUGGCAUGGCGGAUCUUUACGUUUCCCACGACUCAAGGGACUUCGAACACAUUCGACUGAAGGCUCACUACCAACGAGUAAUGGACUCAACAAGAGGAGUGGUGGUUCCAGAAAUAAGGUCCGGAUCAAGAUCCUCGAUGUGGAGAGCUUAUUGCCGUCAAAGCAAAGUCUUGCGUCCGAAUAUCUAAUCUACGGCAAUGGCGAGACUAUCUGCUCACACAAUGCAAAAGCCGCUCUUCAUCAUGGCUUCAAUGAGCUGGCCGACAUAUGGGAGUUUGUUGGUCUGAUCUUGGCUAAAAGAGUGCCUUUGAGUUUGCUUUCUAUUCCAAGACAAGAGACUGAUAUCCGGGUACUGGCGCGCCGCGUACUCAUGCCGUCACAAAGAAACGACAGUGGACUAGAUCUGUCCUUUGAUGAGCCUGAAGCUGUACUUCAUCCACAGGAAACAGCUCUCGUCAAAUGGGGUACUCACCCAUUCGCUGGAUCAUGGCUGAUUGACACACUUUGUGCUGCCCAGCUCUUUGACUACUUCCCCAACAAAGAAACUGCUUUUGGAUUUUAUGAACCGAUCAUCUCCAUCUCAGAUUUGUCCAACAAGCACCGAAGGUCAGGGGCAGGACUCACGUCCGCAGGGGAAUCAUCUCAGGACAUCCGAGAGCAAGUCGCCAGCGAGCCUGUUACUCCUUUCUACACCGACAACACUCCCCCGAUGCCUCUGUCGAGAGCUAGCACUCAUCGUUCCAGUGCUGCGCCUAGUCUUUCGACAUCUCCAGAGCAUCAUCGCACGUCUAUACCAAGCGCAACGAGUUCGUUCGCUGCUUCUGUUCUAGCUCGACCUUUUCAGCUUGCUAGCUCUCCUCCUGUUCGUAACAAGACCAGUGGAGAAGAACUCUCAUCGUCGACACCCUCACAAUCAGGGGUCAACUGGAGUAAGAGCAAGCCUUUCACUCGGAGUGACUCGACCAUUCGUAGGAGUUUCAUCUCUCAAGGCUUUGGAGACGAGUAUGAUGGGUCUACUACAGAAGAUGAUGAGUCUCUGCCACCGCAGUCCCGAGUCAAGAUCAGUUUGAAGAACCAAGAUAUGUUUGAUAACGAAGGUUGUCCAAGCGUAGCUUUCCUCGACCCUAACCAGUCAGUCAAGUUUGCAGUAUAUCGCGCAGUAUACGCAAAUAUGCUAGGUGCUUGGGGACUUCAGAUGCAACAGAAUGAAGUGGACAAACUUGACGGAAUGCUGUCAAAUAUCCUCACCAGGACAGAGUCUAGGGAUCGCGGCUCACAAUCCACUCUCACACUCGGAGAAGUCGAAGAAGACCAAGAGACAUUGGACGGCCUUGGCCCACAGAUCAUUCGAUGCUGCAUGUCUUGCGGCGAGGUCGACGGUCCAGAACGUCGUGGCGCUGACCGCAGAUGUGUCAAGUGUGGUGGUCGAUCUCAUCUGCUCUCGUGCACGAUCUGCUACCAGCCCAUAGCAGGUCUCUACAAGGUGUGCCUUGCUUGUGGCCACUCUGCGCACAUUUCUUGUCUUGCUAUUCUUCUCGAGUCACUCACCGAGGAUGAAUCCCCAGAGUGCGAAGCAGGCUGUGGAUGUGUUUGUGACGAGAAAGCAGCUGUGGGAGGCGAAGAAAUGUUCGGCCUGGCCAAACUGCCGACGUUUGAGGAGGAAGUCGCGAAAGAAACUGGCUUCCGCAUGCUGCAACCUGUAGGCAACAGCACAAUCUUGCAUCGACGCGGCAGCAUCGUGGAGGCGAGGCAGUCAGGAAGCAUGGAUAAGGUACUCAGCGAUGCCAUCGGCAUCACGCUGACCGCAGCCGCCAAUGAAGCUGUCGACGCAUCCAUCAAGCAAGUCUUCACCGCCAUCGUCGACAAAGCCGUCAAAGAGAAAGUGCAGGAAUUGGAACAGGCUUUCGCCGUAGCUGUCGACCAUGCUGUCCAAGAAGAAAUGAAGAAGUUGGAAGCCGUAAACAAGGAAGCUGUGGAUGCCAAGAUUGCCAGAGCUGUCAAGAAAGCAGAACUCACAGCCAGAAUCCAAGGGGCACUAGACAUGAUCAACCUUUGCAAAAGCAAACUGUUCAAGGAGGUAGUGCUGGCCAGCUCUCGUCCUAACGCUGAGCUUUUGUUGCAAUGGGAAAGAGGUGCUCGCAAGAUGAUGGGCAACUGGAGGAAAGAACUCGCUAAAUUGGAAGAGAAGCAAGAAGAACAAGUCUAG